AACGACGAUGAAGUCGGGACGGGCACGUGGCAACGCGCUUUCUUUCAAACUGGCCCACUAGGCUCGGCGUCCAACGGUCAGCAGUCGGCCACUGCUGAGCGCACUGGAGGGUCUCGCCGACCCAGUGGGUCUGCUGACCUGAUCGUCGCCAAGCUUGUCGCGCUAUGCGACCGAGCUGCUGCAUCUGCAUGGAUACCAUUCAGGCCAGCAGCAGCAGUAGCAGUAGCGACGGCAACAGCGUAAGCGCUACCGAGUGCGGCCACGUCUUCCACGACGUCUGCCUGCGUCGCUGGCUGGCAGCGUCCAGGAGUUGCCCGACGUGUCGCAAGCAGCUCCGUGGUGAAAGGAUCGUGAAGCUCUUUCUUGACGGGGCGGACUUGCUGCCCGACGGUUGCAUUAACAACGACGGCGGCCCGUUGCGACUGCUUCAACGUCAACUAGGCGUGGCCAGGUCACAACUGGAAGCGGCCGCUGCUGCCGAGAAGCGGCAGCAAGAGGAGACCUACGCGCUACGCAGUAACGUGCGCCGGAUCGAAGGCGUCGCGCGAAUGUACAACUCCAAGUACGCCAACAUGCUGCGCGAGAACAGCCGCCUGAGGACGCAACUGAGGGACCUGAGAGAAGAAGUCAGGGACAGGAGGAUCCUUCGCAGAGAGAACUUAGCCCUUCAGCAUGAGCUGCACAACAGGGAAAGGCAGCUAGAAAUUGCCGAAGAGCUCCGUAACCGCAUGGAUCAUGCGAUGGGUGGCCUCAGUGCCCAGCUGGGCCAGCGUGAAGCCCUGUUGCAGCAGCAGGCGCAGCAAAUCCAAGCACUGCAGGAGGGUGCUCAUCAUCGCACCGAAUUCAUGUUGCAGAGCUUUCAGUGGCCACCUCCAGAUUGGGAUGACGGGUCGGAUGACACGCCGCAAAGUGGACAGUGGAUCCAGAAGACAACCUGA